AUGGAUGUCUUGGCUAGUUAUAGUAUAUUCCAGGAACUCCAGCUUGUCCACGACACCGGCUACUUCUCAGCUUUGCCAUCCUUGGAGGAAAACUGGCAGCAGACAUGCCUGGAGCUGGAGCGAUACCUUCAGACUGAACCACGGAAGAUCUCUGAGACUUUUGGUGAGGAUUUGGACUGCUUUCUUCACGCUUCCUCAGCCCCAGAUGCAGAGGACAAUAUCCGACGGCUGGACCCCAUCCUUUUACCAGUGGAGACGAGUACGUGUGACAAAAGCACGAACAUGGACAUUAUCCUCUCACGGGACAAACUGCUGUCUGAGACGUGUCUCAGCUUGCAGUCCACCAGCUCUUCCACAGAAGGCUACACAGCCGUCAACCAGGCCCAACUCAAUGCAGUAACCUCAUUAACACCCCCUUCCUCUCCAGAGCUCAGCCGCCACCUUGUAAAAACCUCACAAACUCUCUCAGCAGUGGAUGGCACAGUGACAUUAAAAUUGGUGGCCAAGAAAACAUCGCUGAGCUCUGUGAAAGUGGGGGUAGCAACAGCAACUGCAGGGACAAUAAAAGGAGGGCAAAGUGACAGUGAACAAGGAGGUACAGGGGCAGAAGCAUCCCCAGAAAACAAGAAGAGGGUUCAUCGCUGUCAGUUCAAUGGGUGCCGGAAGGUUUAUACAAAGAGUUCCCACUUAAAGGCUCAUCAGAGGACUCAUACAGGUGAGAAGCCUUACAAGUGCUCGUGGGAAGGGUGCGAGUGGCGUUUUGCACGAAGUGACGAGCUCACGAGGCAUUACAGAAAGCACACGGGUGCAAAGCCCUUUAAAUGCAACCAUUGUGACAGGUGUUUUUCCAGGUCUGAUCACCUCGCCCUCCACAUGAAGAGACACAUCUAA